CUAAUAUUUUAACUGUGAAUAAACGAACUGUGAAUAUCGUGAGCGUCGGUAAAGUGGCAUAUAAUAUUAACUGAGGAUCACGUAAACCAAUCUGCAUUCAUGAAUAUAAUUUUAGUUGGGCUUCUUUUGAUGAUUCGACCGGCACUCAGUAUGAUGAUAACACACUUUAAAUGCCGCGGCGGAGUCUACCCACGGUCGUCAAUUGAAAGAUUCCCGGUACCUGAUGAUAAAGUGAGCUGGGCCGUUGACUAUAAGGAAUAUAGACCACGCAAUCAUACUGCACAAUCCAUUCAUGGGAAACCUUGGGCUGAUCCAGAGAUAGGUAAUCCUGACUUCAAACCAAACUGGAAUCAUUUAGACAAGAAUGUUGAUAGACAAAGUUACACAGGUCAAUACAAAGUAGUAGAUAGCUAUCCUCUCAAUCCUAUUGGGAGAACCGGCAUCAGUGGUAGAGGAGUGCUAGGCCGCUGGGGACCCAAUCAUGCUGCCGAUCCAGUGGUCACAAGGUGGAAAAGACUGCAGUCGGGAGAAGUGGAAGUAGACAAGAAUAGCAAUAAGCCAAUACUUCAGUUUGUUGCCAUAAAACGAGGAGACACGGGUGAAUGGGCCUUACCAGGCGGUAUGGUAGACCCUGGUGAGAAGGUAACCACAACAGCUGUCAGAGAGUUCCGAGAGGAAGCUAUUAACUCCCUUGUUAUGUCCCAAGGUGAACUAAAGGCAUGGGAAGCGAAAUUCGAAUCGUUCUUCAACGACGGCGAAGAAGUCUACAAAGGCUACGUAGACGACCCGCGCAACACCGACAACGCCUGGAUGGAAACAGCCGCGUACAACUUCCACGACGACAGCGGGCACGUGGUUGGCGCGCUGAACCUGCACGCUGGCGACGACGCCGUCGGCGUUACGUGGGUCGACGCGACCCCGGACCUGAAGCUCUAUGCCAGCCAUAGUAGUAUUGUUAAGGAAGUGCUCAAGCGAAGGCUUAAUGCUUUUUCUUAAGUGUAAGUGUGAGCACAACUAGCACAAGGUAGUAAUCUCUCAGAUGCUGCGUUGCUGACAUGGAUUGCCAGUACAAACAAGUUUUUUUUUGUUGAAUUUAAGUAAACUAUUGCACUUUUUACAAACAAGUUACAAAUUACCUAUUACAACGUCGCAUUUUUAUUUUAUUAGAGCCUACGUUAAAUUUGACACUUAAUAAAGUGUAUAAGAAUGAAUAAUAAUUGUGGUUUCACCCACGAUUUUGACCACAAUAACACACAUAUCAGCACAUAAUUAUGAAAGGUUAACUGAUAGCCUCAUAUAUUAAAGUAUCCCGCCGCGUCAGUCUGUUUCUGUGUAUGUAUGUCCACGAUAAACUUAAAAACUACUGAAAGCUUCGAGCAACACCGGCUUCCGACACAUCGGAAGGGAGGGGCCCAAGCGAUAUCUCACCGUACAAAUCUUUCUGCCAUUUUUCGCGGGGGGAAAGGUGCACACAGUCGCACUUCUCACACACUUACAUACAAAAUCCCAUCAAAAUCCAAUCUGUAAUGACGACACAAAUACAUAGAAAAUGACACACGUCAAAGACAAAUCUUGCAAACCUCGAUCUCUUUUUGUGUACGGACGAGUCAGGACGAGUGACAAGUGUCACAACACGCACACUAACACAUUUUCGUUGAAGUAUGUUAUUGUAUUCUGAGAGAUGAGAAGUCGGAUUUGUCGCUCGACCGAUCCGCAAUUUGUACUGAGCGAGCAAAAUCGAUAAAUCCAACAAUUACAUGAGACUAAAAUAUAAUAAUUGUUUUUAAUGUAAUUAAACGUAUGCUAUGUAAAAAAAAAUAUUACAUGUGAAAUGUAACACUUUCUUUUUGUAAAUUUGAUAUCCCCGACCUCUUUUUAUAACAAAAAACCGAGCAAACAGGCAUUUUUGUGCAGCAGUGUUCACGCGCGCGUCUGGACUCGGUCUAGUGAAAAAUCCAAGUGCAACUAGUUUUAUUACCCGCGCUAGAUUAGAUUGACGCGCUAAUCUUGUACCUCGGCAGAGGGGAAAUAGUGCGAAUGCCGCCUCCCUUCCGUGUUGCUCGAAGACUGAAAGGAUUUUCAUGCGGUUUCACCUAUCAAUAGAGUGAUUAUUGAGGAAGGUUUUGUGUAACCCGUGCGAAGCCGGGGCACGUCGUUAGUUGUUAAUAGGUGUAAGCGACUUCCAAAAAAAAAACUAUAUUAUUAUUUAUACUCACACUUACUUUAUUAUUUGUAUAACUAUAUAGAACCUUACAUCUAAUAACAUUAAAAUAAUUCAAUUUUGUAAACCCUUCGUCACCUUGAUUAAAAGUUGUCACAUACUUAAAAUCUGUAGGUAUUAUUUUGCUAGCAUAAUAUUGCACCCACUGAAUAGGAAAAAUGCACUAACAAAAUGCAAAAAUUUAAAUGGAAGUGUAGUCCUAAAAAAGAUUUCAUGUACAUAAACAUUAUAAGGGUGGUAUUCCACCUGUCCAAUAUUUGAUCAAAUGUGCAUUGCGUCCCACUCCCUCAUUAAGCAAAAUGUGAGACGCAAAUACAAAUUUAAUCAAAUCUUGGACAGGUGGAAUACGACCCUAGUUAUUUUAAGAAAUAAGGUUACAUAGGCACUAUGCAAAAAUGUGCCUAUGACAAGGUGCAUUAAAGUCGUUUUUCGUGUCUUAUCUUAUUGCAAAGUGCACCUACCAAUCACUUCUCGUGAAUGAAAGAUAAAAAAAAGAGAAAGGAAACAUUCAUACGCAAAUAACAAACCAAGCACCUAGUCUUAAUAUCCCUAUAAAUUUUCUCUUAGAACCAAUAAACAAAAAUGAGCAAACAUAUCUAAAUAAAUUUUACGAAACAACAAACAGUCACAUGUAAAGGUUUAAUUUUCAAGAGUUAUUCAUCCAUUAAUUACAUCACACGAUUUUGGGGGGGGUCAAGAAAAUGUGACAUGUUGUGACAAGGGGGAGAGGGGAGUCACAAACUUUGUGACGUCACUUUAACUUCAUCAGUAACCAAAAUUUUAUUUUAAUCAUUUUAUUUACUGUACAGUUCAAAAACAAGUUUUUGGAACGAUAAUCGUUUUUAUUAGUUUAAUUUUUUUUCGUAAUCAGUUUUGGGUUAUAAAUUUACUAAUAUUUUGACAAAAAAUUAAUAAUACUUAAUUCAAUUUGCCGAUUUCGUUGAAAAAAUGUGACGUCACACCAGGGGGGGAGGGGUUUGCCAAAUGUGACCAAGUGUGACAAGGAGGGGGGGAGGGGUCAAAAAACCUUGAAAUUCGUGUGACGUAAUUAAUGGAUGACCCCUUAGCUUGGUAUCCCAUUUAUCAAUUUUCUUUGUUGUUGGUAUUCAACUAUUCAGACCCAGCUCUUGUCUCUUCUUCUUUGUCCAGCCCAUUUCCCAGUUCAGCUGGGGUCGGGCCUAUUCAGCCCCACCUGCUGGGGCCACCCAGCUCUUGAGAAUUAACCUUUACUUUAAUAUCCGACGUACUGUUAGGACAUCACAUUAGUAAGUUAUUGAGUAAUUCUAUAAAUAACGUAUAUCUCAUACAAGCCCUCUUUAAACAUAUAUCAUAAACAUACAUACAUGUAUUAACAAAUGAAAGAUUACCCACCUGUACAAAUAUCACACUUAAAAAUGGCAGCCCAAUAAGUACAGCCAAUACCCAAGGAUUCGUAUAGGUAUUUAUCAGUUCAACACUUGUUCAACAAGGAACCAUAUAUUACUUUCAUUUAUGACAUAUUCAAAUGUUUUAUCUUUUUAAAUGCCAUAUAAUUGUAACGUAAAUAAGGGACUUUAAUAAACCUGUCAAAAAGAGUCAUCAUCAUUUUUUUUACAUAUAUUUCUUAACAAUUACAGAGCCAAACUAUAAAGUUCGUUAAUAUAUGUACAUAUAUAUACCGAAAUCUAAACUUUCAUGACUAGUAACUAUAAAAUGAUACCAAAAAUCAUAAAAUGACAUAAAUGCACUAUAAAUAAAUUUACUGACAUAUUUACCGAAACGCAACUAUAUAACGCAAUUGCAAACUGCAUUCACAUCAGACAAUCUUGCUUGAGACUUGAGACUUAAACUACUUUAUUAUUGGCAGUUCUAGAAGCUAACUACCCUGUGGCAUCAUAUAAAACAUUAAAAUGCUAAUAAGUAAUAACGUUGGGACUUUCAUAUGGGAAAUUAUGACGAUUAUCAGACUAAUAUUUUAUAUGAAACAGCCCAGACAGACGAUUUAUUUAUUUUGUACAAACACA